UAUUCCCGACGACAGUGAGUAUUGGGUUCAAACGGCGAAAGUAGUUCGGCUGCAUAAAGCCACUUGACGUCGCCAUCAGCGAUCUUUCCAGUCGCAUGCUGAGCUUGGAUACGUAUCAUGUCUAACGAUUCUGCUGAUUACAACAGCGACCAUGCGGGGCCCGAUGGAAUGGAGCCAGAUGGUGUCAUUGAGAGCAACUGGAAUGACAUUACGGACAACUUUGAUGAUAUGAACCUGAAGGAAACGCUUCUUCGGGGAAUUUAUGCAUAUGGUUUUGAGAAGCCUUCAGCCAUUCAACAGAGGGCUAUAAUCCCUUGCAUUAAAGGCUAUGAUGUCAUUGCCCAAGCCCAGUCAGGCACUGGCAAGACGGCCACAUUUGCCAUCUCUAUCUUGCAGCAGCUGGACAUAGAGCAGAAGGAGACUCAGGCUCUGGUGUUGGCUCCCACCAGAGAGCUGGCUCAGCAGAUUCAGAAAGUCAUUCUGGCCCUUGGCGACUACAUGGGGGCAACCUGCCACGCCUGUAUUGGAGGGACCAAUCUCCGCAGUGAGAUCCAGAAGUUUCAGGCCGAGGCUCCCCACAUAGUUGUGGGCACUCCGGGUCGAGUGUAUGACAUGCUCAACAGGAGACAUCUGUCUCCCAAAUGGAUCAAAAUGUUUGUUCUUGAUGAGGCUGACGAGAUGUUGAGUCGGGGUUUCAAAGAUCAGAUCUAUGAGAUCUUCCAGAAACUGAGUACAAAUAUUCAGGUUGUCUUGCUCUCUGCCACCAUGCCCACAGAUGUGCUGGAGGUGACCAAGAAGUUUAUGCGCGACCCCAUCCGCAUCUUGGUGAAGAAAGAAGAGCUCACCCUGGAGGGUAUUAAGCAGUUCUACAUCAAUGUUGAGCGGGAGGAGUGGAAGUUGGACACCCUGUGUGACCUCUACGAGACCCUAACCAUCACCCAGGCUGUGAUCUUUCUCAACACGAGAAGAAAAGUAGACUGGCUCACUGAGAAGAUGCAUGCUAGAGACUUCACGGUUUCUGCUCUGCAUGGUGAUAUGGACCAGAAGGAGCGUGAUGUCAUUAUGAGGGAGUUUAGGUCUGGCUCAAGCAGAGUGUUGAUCACUACUGAUCUACUGGCUCGUGGAAUUGACGUGCAACAAGUUUCCCUGGUCAUCAACUAUGACCUUCCUACAAAUCGAGAGAACUACAUUCACAGAAUUGGCCGUGGUGGCCGUUUUGGCAGAAAGGGAGUCGCCAUUAACUUCGUCACCGAAGAGGACAAGAGGAUUCUGCGCGACAUUGAGACGUUUUACAAUACUACGGUGGAGGAGAUGCCUAUGAAUGUGGCAGACCUCAUUUGAGCCUUUUGGUUUUCCUUUAUAAAACGCAGUGAUAGUUGACGUACACUUGCAUUGUGCUUAUUAUUCCAGAGGGUGGGGGAGGUUUAAACAAACAAAAAAAAAAAUUGAUGCUAAACCUUGGAUCAGAAUAUUUUUGCGAGGUGAUUUCUAUUAUAGUCCCUCUUGGGCAGUUGUAGACUCCAAACUUCUGCGAUUUUGGCCGGUUGGAGCUACAAAGCCAUGGGCUCUAUUAUUGUGGUCCUUUUCAGGCAUUUCUUUCCAUGUUCGAUUAUAAUCCGUAUAUUUGAUGUGCUCCACCAUUUAGUAACCUACUUGUGGACUAAAAGGUACAAGUGCUGUAUAAAGUCUGCAAAUUCAGUUAUGCUAACAUGUGCGAUGUGUUGUGGGCCUGCUUACUAGAGGCACUUGUUCACGGUAUUAUAUAUAUAUAUAUAUAAUAGUAGAUUUGUAUUUGCUUUUUGUGAAUGUUUAUUUAAAUGUGUUUUCAUCCAACUUGCUGUCAGACAUUUUCAUUUUGGCCAUGGUUUGCUGGUGUCUUGCCUACAAUAGAGCACAGGUCAUCAAGUCUGGUCCUCCAGGGCACCAAUCCAGCCUUUUUUUUGGGGGGGGGGGGAUGCAGCUCCACUGAUUCAAUUCAUCAGGAGCGUUAUCAGGUUUAAUUGAGCUUGCUGAUGAGCUGAUCAUUUCAAGCAAAUGUGUUGUAGUACGGCUGCACCUAAAACGCGCUGGAUUAGCGCCCUUGAGGGCUGAAGUCGGUGACCCCUGCAUUAGAGUAUACGUAUUAGCAUUUACACACAUGCACACACCUCCCCCCUGCACUACUUUUCAGUUCUCUCAAAUUGUAAGAACGUCUUAAUAAAUGAAAAAUUGCUGUAAAA